AUGAGCCCCGGGGCCCCGCUGCUGCCACCCGUGCCGCCGCUCCUGCUGCUGCUCCUGCUGCUGCUCCUGGAGGCCGCGCCCCGAGAGGGCAAGGGCUGCAACUGUAAAGGCAAAGGCCAGUGUUUCUGUGAUGGAACCAAAGGCGAGAAGGGAGAGAAAGGUUUUCCUGGACCCCCUGGUUCUCCUGGCCAGAAGGGAUUCCCAGGUCCCGAAGGCUCACCUGGACCACAGGGACCCAAGGGUUCCCCAGGACUCCCAGGAUUCACUGGCCCCAAAGGUGUAAGGGGAAUUACUGGAUUGCCAGGAUUUUCAGGUCCUCCCGGACUUCCAGGCAUCCCAGGCCAUCCUGGACCAUACGGGCUGCCUGGCUUCCCAGGAUGCAAUGGUUCCAAGGGGGAGCCAGGCUUCCCGGGACUCCCAGGGACCCCCGGCUACCCAGGCAUCCCGGGCGCUGCUGGUUUGAAGGGAGAGAAGGGUGCUCCCGCUGAAGGAGAAGGGCUAGACCUGCAUGGGAAAGGUGACCCCGGAUUGCCAGGAAUGCCAGGAUUCCAGGGUUUGCCAGGCCUUCCAGGUGCCCCCGGACCUGUCGGCCCGCCUGGCCCUCCAGGAUUCCCCGGCUAUCCAGGAACCAUGGGCCGUCCAGGACCUAAGGGCCACAUGGGUGACAACGUGAUAGGACAGAAAGGAGAGCGGGGUGUGAAAGGAUUGACAGGACCCCCGGGGCCUCCAGGGACAGUCAUUGUCACACUGACCGGCCCAGAAAAUGAAACGGACCUCAAGGGGGAGAAGGGAGAACCAGGAGCCAUGGGCAAAUCCGGACCUCCUGGACCCCAAGGGCCACCUGGAGAGUCCUACGGCUCAGAAAAAGGUGCUCGAGGGGAACCUGGCAUGCAGGGACCACCCGGAACAGACGGCGCCCCUGGCUUCCCCGGCACCAAGGGAGCCAAAGGCAACAGAGGCCUCCCAGGGUUGACGGGUGAAGAUGGCCUGAAGGGGUGGAAAGGGAACACCGGCCCUCCAGGAUUUCCUGGUCCAACAGAAUAUUAUGAUGUUUACCAGCAGAAGGGAGAUAAAGGAAUUCCUGGCCCACCAGGGCCCAAAGGAGCUCGUGGUCCAAUGGGUCCCGUUGGCCCCCCAGGACCUCCCGGAAGUCCUGGAUCGUCAAGGCCAGGCCCCCAAGGAGCCCCUGGAUAUCCAGGUGUGAAAGGAAGUAAAGGGGAGCAAGGACCCCCAGGAAAGGAUACCGUGGGCCCCCCUGGGGCCCCAGGUUGUCCUGGUUCACCAGGCCCUAUGGGGUCACCAGGCCGUCCAGGACCACCAGGUGACCUCGUCUUCCGCAACGGCCCCCCUGGAGAUCAGGGGCCUCGAGGCCUGGUGGGGCCUCCAGGAUUCCCAGGCAUUGACGGGCCCAAAGGGGAACCAGGCCUGCUGUGUACCCAGUGUCCGUAUGUCCCAGGGCCUCCCGGCCUCCCAGGAUGGCCGGGGUUGGAUGGCACAAAAGGAAUCCCAGGAAGACAAGGGGCAGCUGGUGAUAAAGGAAGCCCAGGGUCCCCAGGAAGUAUGGGUCUUCCAGGACCUCCGGGAUUCCCAGGUGCCCAGGGUGACCCAGGCCAUAAAGGAGAAAAAGGUGAAGCAUCUCAGCCAGAGGGGCCAGUGGGUGACCCUGGAGACCCAGGGCGCAGAGGGCAUCCUGGAAGAAAGGGUUUGGACGGGAUUCCUGGAACUCCAGGAGUGAAAGGAGUUCCAGGACCUAAAGGCCAACCGGCCCUGAGUGGUGAGAAGGGGGACCAGGGCCCGCCAGGGGAUCCUGGCGCCCCUGGGUCCCCAGGACACACGGGACCGGCUGGACCAUCAGACUAUGGACCACAGGGAGAGCCUGGUCCAAAGGGCACCCAAGGCAUUCCCGGAGCCCCUGGACCACCUGGAGAAGCCGGUCGUAAGGGAGAAUCGCGUGUUUCAACACCAGUCCCAGGCCUCCCAGGGCCUCCAGGGCCUCCUGGCCAUGCUGGACCCCCAGGCCCACCUGGUGUCCCUGGUGCCAAAGGAAAGUGUGGUUACCCUGGUCUUCCUGGAGCUGAUGGUGAACCAGGAAUUCCAGGAAUUGGAUUUCCUGGACCUCCUGGACUAAAGGGAGAUCAAGGUUUUCCAGGAGCUAAAGGAUCACCAGGUUGUCCUGGAGAAAUGGGAAAAACGGGGCUGCCAGGAGAGCCAGGACUACCAGGAGCCAAGGGAGAACCAGGACUAGCCAUACCUGGAGAACCAGGAACACCCGGUUUUCCAGGAGAAAAAGGCAAUUCUGGGGAAAAUGGAGAAAUUGGACUCCCUGGGCUUCCAGGUCUCCCUGGAAUUCCAGGAACUGAAGGGCUUGAUGGACCACGAGGGGAUCCAGGGCCACCUGGAGCUCCUGGAGUAAAAGGACCCCCAGGGAGGUGUACAGAGGGUCCCAUGGGAGCCCAAGGACUUCCAGGUUUAAAUGGAUUGAAAGGGCAACAAGGCAAAAAAGGUGAAACAGGGACAAAAGGAGACCCAGGUGUUCCAGGUUUGGACAGACCAGGAUUUCCUGGAGAACCUGGACCACCAGGAAUGCCAGGUCACAGAGGUGAGAUGGGGCCACCUGGUCAAAAAGGAUGUCCAGGAAAUCCAGGACUUUUUGGGUCACCAGGUGAAAAAGGAAUGGUUGGGAUGAUGGGUUUUCCUGGAAACAUCGGCCCCCCAGGGCCUCCUGGGGACCCUGGCACCCCUGGACAGAGGGGUGACCUUGGAAUUCCAGGAGCAAAGGGAGAGAGGGGACCCCCAGGAGUAAAGGGGAAAAGGGGAGAAAAAGGCACCACUGGGCCUUCUCGAAUAUCCCACUUAGUGGGGGACAAAGGAGAACCAGGCCUCAAAGGAUUGGCAGGAAAGCCAGGUGAGAAGGGAAACAGAGGCCUUCCAGGGUUACCAGGCUUACAAGGCCUCAAAGGACCCCCUGGCCCACCAGGACCACCAGGCCUUAGAGGAGAUCCAGGCAACAAUGGGUAUCCAGGAGAACCAGGACCACGUGGUGUGCCAGGAAGCAUGGGGAACAUGGGGCUGCCAGGUUCUAAAGGAAAGAAAGGAACUUUGGGAUUCCCAGGUGACCCUGGAAGACCAGGUCUCCCAGGGACUCAGGGUCUCCAAGGAGAUAAGGGAGAGCCAGGUUAUCCUGAAGGUACAAGGCCAGGACCACCAGGACCUGAGGGAGAUCCAGGAUUGCCAGGUGACAUAGGAAAGAAAGGAGAAAGAGGGUCUCCUGGCGCACCUGGUCACUUGGGGCCACCUGGACCUGAUGGAGCCCCUGGAAGUCCCGGAAGUCCUGGUCACCCAGGAAUGCCGGGUCCUGAUGGUGACUUGGGGUUUAAAGGAAUCAGAGGCUUCCCUGGCUUUCCUGGAAUCAAAGGCCUUCCAGGUCCUCCAGGAUUCCCAGGAAAUCCUGGACCAGUGGGUCCAAGAGGUGACCAAGGAUGUGAUGGAAUUCCUGGUCCAGCAGGAGAGAAGGGAGAACCAGGUCUGUCGGUGGCACUUCCAGGCCCCAAAGGGCAGCCUGGCGCUCCGGGAGCCAAAGGGGACCAGGGAGCCCCAGGCUUGCCUGGCCUUCCGGGCAGGAAGGGGUCACUGGGAGAUGUUGGGCCACAAGGACCCACAGGCAUGGCAGGGCCCCCUGGGGAACCAGGUUGCCCUGGGACAGUCAUCCCUGGCCCAAAAGGAAAUCGAGGUCCACCGGGCUCCAGAGGAAACCCAGGUGAACCUGGUCCCCCCGGGCCUCCAGGAAGUCAUGUAAAAGGCAUAAAAGGAGAAAAGGGGUUUAUGGGCCAGCCUGGCCCCAGAGGUCCUCCUGGAACCGCAGGAGAAGCUGGGCCGUUAGGCCAUCCGGGAGCACCAGGUAGUCCAGGUAUGCCAGGAAUCAGGGGUGAUCCUGGAUUCCACGGAUUUCCAGGCAUGAGAGGAGAGAAGGGUAAUCCAGGAUUUCUGGGACCAAUGGGACCUCCAGGGAAAAUUGGGCCAAAAGGGCCACCAGGUGCACGUGGAGACUUUGGCACAGUUACGAUCAUCUCCCUUCCAGGAAGCCAGGGGCCACCUGGUCCAGCUGGACCCCCAGGGAUGCGAGGAGAACCUGGGCCACCAGGACCACCAGGAAAGCCAGGACCCUGUGGGCCAAGAGGUCAACCAGGCAAGGAUGGAAAACCAGGAACUCCUGGCCCAAUUGGAGAAAAGGGCCACAAAGGCUGUAAAGGAGAACAAGGGCCCCCUGGAAACGAUGGCCCGCCAGGUGUGAAGGGGAAACCCGGAGUGGCCGGCCCACCUGCUUCCACGGCAGGGGCGAGGGGCUUCCUCUUCACCAGGCACAGUCAGACCACAGCGACCCCCUCAUGCCCAGAAGGGACAGAGCUGCUCUACAGUGGGUUUUCUCUGCUUUUUGUGCAAGGAAAUGAACAAGCACAUGGACAAGACCUGGGAACUCUAGGCAGCUGCUUGCAGCGGUUUACCACGAUGCCAUUCUUAUUCUGUAACGUCAAUGAUGUAUGUAAUUUUGCAUCUCGAAAUGAUUAUUCAUACUGGCUGUCAACACCAGCUUUGAUGCCAAUGGACAUGGCUCCAAUUAGUGGCAGGGCCCUGGAGCCUUAUAUUAGCAGAUGCACUGUCUGUGAAGGGUCUGCCAUGGCCAUAGCCAUUCACAGCCAGACCACUGACAUUCCCUCGUGUCCCCAGGGCUGGAUUUCUCUCUGGAAAGGAUUUUCUUUUGUCAUGUUCACAAGUGCAGGUUCUGAAGGUGCUGGGCAAGGGCUGGCCUCCCCUGGCUCCUGCCUGGAAGAAUUCCGAGCCAGCCCAUUUAUAGAAUGCCAUGGCAGAGGAACGUGCAACUACUAUUCAAACUCCUACAGUUUCUGGCUAGCUUCAUUAAACCCCCAAAGAAUGUUCAGAAAACCUGUUCCAUCAACUGUGAAAGCUGGGGAGUUAGAAAAGAUAAUAAGUCGCUGUCGGGUAUGCAUGAAGAGAAAACACUGAAGAAAUUAAAGAAAAUAGAAGUGUUGUUUUUCAUCCCAAAUAACCAAGUGAUGAUGGAAAGCAAGCAUUUAUUUGGGUAUUUUUCUUUAACCAAACAAUAUUGCUCUAUAGCAGCUUGGCACAAAGUUUCUAUUUGUUUCUAAACCCAACAAAGCUUUUUUUUUUUUUUAAGUUAGUUCAUGAGCCUGGCUUCUAAGCCUGUGCUGUUUCAAAGUAGCGCCAACUGGGUGUUUUAUUUGUACACCUUCUCAAUAGUGAUUGUAUAAAGUUUGAUGCUCUGGAUUAAGAGCUAGUCACUGGCGCACUAGAGUCCCAGGACUUGCCCCCUAUUGUUCCAUCUUUGACAAUCAGGGAGGCUGCACCCAUCUGAGAUUGUCUCCCACCCCCUUCCUAAAACUUCAGACCCCACAUAGGAAGGGUCUGGGAUAGGUGGGGUGACAUGACUAGAUCUGGGUUUGCAGACUGUGAAGUAACCUAAGGCCUGAGGGAAACAGCUAUGAACUGAGGAGUAUGGAUUUUCCAGGAUUCUUUCACACAUCCCCAAGACUAAGGCCAAAAGGGAGUUCCCUGAAUGGAAUCAUAAUAGCCGUGGGAAUACUAUAUUAUUUGGUUUUGCAUUUUUAAAAGCCACUGUUGUUUGUCUAUUGAAUUCAUUUCACUGAAGCAAUGUAGCCCUCUUGUGUUCAAAGGAGACACAAGGUUCAUCCGCAGUGAAUUCAUUGUGACAGAAUACCUUCACACCUGUGCUCUGAAAUGUGUCCAAUUUUAAUUUCUUUUACCAGCACAUCCACAGCAACAGCAAGGGCCCUGCUCAGGGUGCUGCUUAUGUGUGCUCUUUACCCCCACCCCCAAAUGCUGGUACGACCCUUUUCUUAAUGAGUCACUCACUCGUCAGUGAAAGAACUCAAGGCAUUUAUUGGCUUAUCAGACUCAGAAUCCUAUUUUUCCUGUGCUCUAAAUAUUCCACUUAACCUGGUUAUUUACCAAUUUAUUCUCGUUUGUAAAACCAUGUUUUUAUGUUACAUAGUCUUACAAACCAUGUUGAAAGAAUGCAUUGUGUAAAAAAAAAAGUCUUAGCGUACAAAUUGUAUAGCUUGGCACCUCUAUGUCUUAAGACUUGCUUUUCAGGGCGUUGAUACAUUCCUAAGUCACUUAAUUCAACUUAACAAGCGUCAUAUGCAGCAUCAAGCCAUGCCCCAGGCCUGUGCUCACAUAUAAAGCUAAUAUCCCAGGGAAGGUAACUUCCUGUUUCUGUUAAGACUCCCUCAUGUAGGAGUUGUGUUCUCCCCCAUUUGUUACUGUAUCACUGUUCUAUUUUCAUUAUCACAGUUCAGUAGGCCUGGCUAUGGCCAGGAGGAGCCCAGGACCUCUUAGCUUCUCUUAGGCAUCUGAGAAGCCAAGGUCUGGACGAGGUUAAAAAAAGAAAGAUGCAAAAUACCAAAGACCACUUCUUGGUGCUGUUACUGCUUGGUGAAUGUCCGAGACCAAGCGUGCUGAGACAAAGCUCUGAAGGUGCUUCUUCAUCCAUCUAGGUGGAGUUGGUGGUGCUGAUGUUUAAAUUCAGGUUCUUCAUCCAAUCUCAGUUGCUUUGUAAGUGAGGAUGUGACAAGCUAUGACAACAGUCCUGCUUCCCUGCUCACCUGACUGCUGUCAAGCCAUUUUUACUUUGAAACUGAGAAAUGCAUUUUACUUAGGUUACUUAGACUCAUCUAAGAUUAUGGCUUUCUUGCUUUAAAAAUGUCCUGUUGUCCCAACUGUACUAUAAAGGCCGACAGGACUAGCUGAUCACACACCCUCCGUAGGCCAGUAUUUCUGAAAGUGGGCUACCUGGACCAGCAGCAGCAGGGAACUUGUUAUGAAUAGAAAUUACAGGGUCCAUCUCAGACCUGCAGAACAGAAACUCUGGAGUUCAGACCCAGAACUCUGUUUUAACAAGCCCUGAAGGUGAUUCUACUGCACUGUGAAAAGUGCUUUGGGCAGCACCCAAGAAAUAAUUCCACAGGCAGUACCAGGUACAGCUGGCUACAAAUAUUCCAUCCCUGUCUCUCUUCAAAGUACCCAACUACAAAUGAACUUAAGGGCAUCUAGUAAAGCCCUAGAUCGGUGCUAAUGCCAAAUGACUGACCUUGGCUUCUCACCAAGCCUUGGUCUUCUCUUACCUUCUUAUCUGUGUUUAACUUCUGAGGAAGACAAAUGAUGCUAAAACCUUAAAUUCCAAUGAAACCAUAUUAAUAGUUAUUCAGUCAUGCUUCUAAGAUGAGCAUUAAAACACAGCUCAUGUACCUUACUUUCCAGAUAUCUAUGAGAAGCUUACAAAGCUAUUAAAAUUUAACCUUGUAGCAAAUCUGUGUAUAACUGUUCCUUUUAAAUUUAAGGCAUUAACUUUGGAAUUUCACAGUGUGCUAAAAUAACAAUUUCUAUCUUUUUUUGCAAG